AUGGAGUCAUCUUCUAUCAAACACAUCACGUUGAAAAAGAAAAGGGACUACACUUAUGAUAGCAUAGAAGAAAGUAGGGGAGAAAGUGGAAUCCCUAACAGCCAUGUCGGAGAUAAUGAAGAGAUUCAAAAUGCGGAUGACGGUGAAGAUAUACCACUUUCAAGAAUUCCAAACCUAUGGAUAAUUGAGGCCACACUUUUUUCUAACGUUUUCCUGGCAGGUUUUGAUGGCACUGUCACUGCAUCGACGUAUCAAACCAUCGGUAAUGAGUUCAAUCAAAUGAGCAUUUCAAGUUGGAUUACUACCGCGUACUUGAUUACUUCAACUUCUUUUCAGCCUCUCUAUGGAUCUUUUUCCGAUGCACUAGGUCGAAGAAACUGUCUUUUCUUUGCCAAUGCAUCCUUCACAAUUGGAUGUCUAGCUUGCAGUUUUUCUACAAACAUCUACAUGCUUAGUUUCAUGAGAGCUUUAGCGGGUAUAGGUGGCGGCGGUUUAAUUACACUCUCUACUAUUGUAAAUUCAGACGUCAUUCCAAGUUCAAAGAGAGGAAUUUUUCAAGCAUUUCAGAAUUUGCUUUUAGGAUUUGGGGCUAUAUGUGGGGCCUCUUUCGGUGGCACCAUUACUUCGACUAUUGGUUGGAGGUGGUGUUUUCUCAUCCAGGUACCAAUAUCUAUGAUAAGUUCAUUACUAAUGAACUACUAUGUGCCUAACCAAAAGGAAUAUGACGAUCAAAAAAUAAAUAUCUUUCUAAGUUCAAAAAAAAUUUUCAAAGACAUAGAUAUCACGGGGUCAAUUCUUAUUAUAGCUGGUCUCACACUGCAGCUUCUCUACCUGAGCUUGGGUGCUAGCUUUUCCUGGACUAGCCCACCUGUAUUAAUGCUACUGAUUGCUAGUAUAGUAAUUAUUGUUUUGUUUAUAUUGAAUGAGAGGAAAACAACUGCUAGAGCCAUUAUACCCAUGGAGUUGGUUAACUCCUCUUUCAGUUUCGUAGUACUUUCGAUCAGUAUACUUGUUGGUUUUGCCAGCUAUGCAUAUCUCUUCACCCUACCAUUGUUCUUUCAAAUUGUGCUUGGAGAUUCCACCGCAAAAGCUGGAUUGCGUCUUACAAUCCCGUCAUUGUUUACCCCAAUCGGUAGCCUUAUAACUGGUAUAUCCAUGAGCAAGUAUAACUGCCUACAAUCACUACUCUACAUCGGUAUAUCUCUAAUGUUUUUGGGUAACUUCCUUUUCCUGUUUAUUGAAAAAACAUCACCUAACUGGUUGAUUGGUCUUUUUUUGAUUCCUGCGAACCUGGGACAGGGAAUCACCUUUCCUACAACACUGUUUACUUUUAUAUUUGCCUUUUCUAAACGUGACCAAGCUACUGCGACAUCGACCUUGUAUCUAUUCCGAAGCAUUGGAUCUGUUUGGGGUGUUGCAAUUUCGGCUGGUGUUAUUCAACUAUAUUUUGCGAGAUAUCUACGCUUGAAUUUGAAAGAUUUAUUAGAUGAAAACACUAUAAAUAAGAUAAUCGUCAGGAUCAACUCCAAUUCAUCAUAUAUUGGAUCUCUACAUGGUGAAGUGAAGAACACAGUAAUAAAGAGUUUUGACGCAGCAACUAAAAAGGCCCACUUAAUGUCUACAUUGCUGUCACUAUUGGCAUUGAUAUUUUGCGUGAUCAAAGAUAACCUGAAAAAACCUAAUUCAAGAAAAUAG